AUGUCUUUGAGUAUUUAUGGAAAUCGAGAAAGCGGCCAAGAUGUGAGAACAGCAAAUGUAACGGCUGUUCAAGCAAUUUCAAACAUUUUAAAGUCCAGCCUUGGGCCACAAGGACUUGAUAAAAUGCUUGUAGAUAAUAUCGGUGAUGUAACUAUAACAAACGAUGGAGCUACGAUAUUAAAACAAUUAGAAGUUCAACACCCUGCUGCUAAAAUUUUAGUUAACCUUUCAGAAUUACAAGAUCAAGAAGUUGGUGAUGGAACAACAUCUGUUGUGUUAUUAGCUUCUGAAUUAUUGAGAAGAGGUAAUGAAUUAAUAAAAAUGGAUAUUCAUCCGACUACUGUUAUUUGUGGUUAUAAACUAGCUAUGAAAGAAUCUGUUAAAUACAUAAAAGAGAAAUUAAGUGAAAGAGUUAGUAACCUAGGUAAAGAUGUUAUUAUCAAUAUUGCUAAAACUACUUUAUCAUCUAAAUUUAUUAGUUAUGAAUCGGAUUAUUUUGCAAAAAUGGUUGCUAAUGCAAUUCAAUCUAUAAAAAUUAUUAACGAGUCAGGUAAAACUAAAUACCCAGUAUCAUCUGUUAAUGUUAUAAAAGUACACGGUAUGAGCUCAUUAGAUUCUAAAUUAAUUGAAGGUUAUGCAAUAAUGAGUGGUAGAGCUUCUCAAGCUAUGCCAACUGUUAUUAAGAAUGCAAAAAUAGCUUUCUUAGAUUUCCCAUUAAAACAAUAUAGAUUACAUCUAGGAGUACAAGUAAAUAUAAAUGAUCCCAAGGAAUUAGAAAAAAUUAGACAAAAGGAAAAAGAUAUAACUAAAGAAAGAGUUAAUAAAAUAUUAGAAUCUGGUGCUAAUGUUAUAUUAACUACACAAGGAAUUGAUGACAUGCCAUUGAAAUAUUUUGUAGAAGCUGGAGCAAUUGCAGUCAGAAGAGUAAACAAAGAUGAUUUAAGAAGAAUAGCUAAACUAACGAAUGGGCAAAUUCGUUUAACAUUAUCAUCAAUUGAUGGAAUCGAAAAAUUUGAAGCUUCUGCUUUAGGUUAUUGUGAUGAAGUUUAUGAAGAAAAAGUUGGAGAUUGGGAUCUAAUGUUUUUUAAAGGUUGUCGAACAUCUAAAAGUAAUACUAUCUUAUUAAGAGGAGCAAAUGAUUUUGUUUUAGAUGAAAUGCAAAGAUCUAUUCAUGAUGCCUUAUGCUCAGUAAGUAGAGCAUUAGAAAGUAAUUAUGUAGUCGUUGGAGGAGGCUGUGUUGAAGUAGCUUUAUCAGUAUAUUUAGAAGAUUUUGCUAAAACCUUGGGUUCAAGAGAACAACUAGCUAUUGCAGAAUUUGCAGAAUCGUUAUUAGUAAUACCAAAAAUUUUAGCAUUAAAUGCAUCUUAUGACUCUAUUGAUUUAGUAUGUAAAUUAAGAGCAUAUCACACUAAAUCGCAAGUCAUGAAUAUAGAAGAUUCAAAGGAUUAUAAAUGGUAUGGUCUUGAUCUAGUAAAUGGAAAAGUAGCAAAUAAUCUAAAAAAUGGAGUCUUAGAAGCUAUGAUAAGUAAAAUUAAAUCUAUAAGAUUUGCCACGGAGGCAACCAUAACAAUUUUGAGAAUAGACGAUCUUAUUAAGUUGGUUCCAGAAGAGCGUAAGAUGGAAGAAGAGCCAUAA